GCCAGGCAUGGUGGCCGCGGCCCUGCAUGGAGGGGCGAGCCCGCCCCGACGCCGCCCUCCGGGGCCGGCCAAUGGAGCCCGCGGCGCCGCGAGGGGAUUGGAGCCCGCGGGGGGCCGGCCGCCCGGGGGCCGGGACGAGGGGAGGGCGAGGCGAGGCGGGCGCCGCGAGCGCGGUUAUAAGGCAGGAAAGUUGCCUGCGCCGAGUCGGGCAGGCGCACGCUCGUACGGCGGCCGCAGCGGCAGGGCGGGGCCCGGAGCGACGGGCGGCUGCAGCGGAGGCCCCAGGGGACGCCACCUCGCUUCCAUCGGUGUCUAGCUCCGGCCUCGGGAACGUCCCGGGAUCCCUAGGACUUUCGCGCUCAGCCAUGGGAGGCGUCGGGGUGCCCGGCGGGGGGCGGAGUCCGCGGGAGGGGUCGGUGCGGCCAGGGGCGCCUCUGCCCACCUUUCGCUGGGAACAGAUCCGCCCACACGACCUGCCCGGCGACAAGUGGCUGGUCAUCGAGCGCCGCGUCUACGACAUCAGCCGCUGGGCGCAGCGGCACCCUGGGGGAAGCCGCCUUAUCGGCCACCACGGCGCUGAGGACGCCACGGAUGCCUUCCACGCCUUCCACCAGGAUCUUGGCUUUGUACGCAAGUUCUUGCAGCCCCUGCUGAUUGGAGAGCUGGCCCCAGAGGAGCCCAGUCAGGACGGAGCCCAGAAUGCCCAGUUGGUCGAGGACUUCCGAGCCUUGCGCCAGGCAGCUGAGGACAUGAAGCUGUUUGAGGCCAGUCCCACCUUCUUCGCUCUCCUGCUGGGCCACAUCCUGGCCAUGGAGGUGCUGGCCUGGCUCCUCAUCUUCUUCCUGGGCCCUGGCUGGGUACCCAGCACCCUUGCCGCCCUCAUCCUGGCCAUCUCCCAGGCUCAGAGCUGGUGUCUACAGCAUGACCUGGGCCAUGCCUCCAUCUUCAGGAAGUCCCGGUGGAACCACGUGGCUCAGCAGUUUGUGAUGGGGCAGCUGAAGGGCUUCUCUGCACACUGGUGGAACUUCCGCCAUUUCCAGCACCAUGCCAAGCCCAACAUCUUCCACAAAGACCCAGAUGUGACUCUGGCGCCUGUCUUCCUCCUAGGAGAGUCCUCUGUAGAGUAUGGCAAGAGGAAGCGAAGAUACUUACCCUACAACCACCAACACCUGUACUUCUUCUUGAUCGGCCCGCCACUGCUCACCCUGGUGAACUUCGAGGUGGAAAACCUGGCGUACAUGCUGGUGUGCAUGCAGUGGGCGGACUUGCUCUGGGCCGCCAGCUUCUAUGCCCGCUUCUUCUUGUCCUAUGUUCCCUUCUACGGCGUCCCUGGGGUAUUGCUCCUCUUUGUUGCUGUCAGGGUCCUGGAGAGCCACUGGUUUGUGUGGAUCACACAGAUGAACCAUAUCCCCAAAGAGAUCGGCCACGAGAAGCACCGGGACUGGGCCAGUUCUCAGCUGGCAGCCACCUGCAAUGUGGAGCCCUCACUCUUCAUUGACUGGUUCAGUGGACAUCUCAACUUCCAGAUUGAGCAUCACCUCUUCCCCACGAUGCCAAGGCACAACUACCGCAAGGUGGCCCCGCUGGUCAAGGCACUGUGUGCCAAGCACGGCCUCAGCUACGAGGUGAAGCCCUUCUUCACCGCCCUGGUGGACAUCGUUAGGUCCCUGAAGAAGUCUGGUGACAUCUGGCUGGAUGCCUACCUCCACCAGUGAAGGCAGCAGAGAGGGGUAAGGGCUCAGGGCGCAGCAACCUCCAAGCGGAGCCAGGCAGGAUCGGUACCCCACCCCUCCACCCGCCACCCUGGGGUGCCCUGCCUGCCCGCCUGGCCACACCACUUUUCCCUCGCCUAUCUGUUCUACAGCCCCGUGACCUUGGCUCUGGGCCUAAUAGGGCCAGGGGGGAGGGAAGGAACAUAAAACCACACAGCGAGCACGGCAUGUUUUCCUAGAACAAGAAUUGGGGGAAAACUGUUAUUUUUAUAUAAAAAUACACCCAGAUAUAUUAUGAAGUAUUGAAUCUGCAUAAAUUCUGGAACUGGAGUCUGCCGCAGAUUCCCCAGCACAUUCAGGCCCUGGGGUCAUCAGGGUGUGGGAGGUGGUGACUAAGAAGCCCCCAUCCACUCUGGUUGCACUAGGUAGGGGCACUGGUAGUGGGCCCAGGCUUAGAUCUGCCCAAAGGGUCUGGUCCCUUCCUAGUCACCCUCUCGCCAGGGGCAAGUCGAGCUGAGCUUCACCUCUACACAAUGGAUCAGGGCUGGCCCUGCAGACAAGGACCCAGGGCUGAGGACUGAGUCUGUAAGCGCCUCUGGAGCACCAGACAGGGAAGCUGCUGUGUCUCUGACGUGCACCUACCUCCUGGCAGCCCUUGUGACGGGAUCCUCAAAGAGCCCCAUGGGAUUGGGCCAUCUGCUGAUUUCAGCACCAUGUGUAGCAUCACAUGGGUAAUGCCUGACUCUGCCUAGUAGCCUGCAGGAGGGGACACCAAUUGUCCCCAGGUCCACCUGUAGCAGUUGCUACAGUGAAUAAGCUGGAUAACCCAAGGCAUGACAUCUCUGUCCCUGCAUCCCUGGAGUCUGGGGACUUGCCUUGAUGGGCCAAUAUCCUUGGAUAGGGCACUGCUUCUCACCAGGCCCCUCGCACUUUAUCUGACAAUGGGGACAGUUAGGUUGUGACCAUGGGGAAGUUACUCAACCUCUCUGAGCACUAGCCACCUCUCCCCAAGCUACCUGGGGGAAAUGGAACAUGGAAGGAAUAAUACAUGGAAAGCUCUUGGCAAAGGGCCCAGCAGGCAUCUCACAAGUUUAUUCACAAAUUUUAUGCACACUAUCCAGUGGCCGGGUCACCACUUACUCAAAUGAACAUUUCUCAAGUUCAGGGCAAGUCAGGCCCUCGGUAUCUCUGCACAGGCUGUUCACUCUGUAGGGAGUCCCCCUUCCUGUCACCAUCUGACCACAUCCUGCUCACUCCUGGUGCUACAGUAGCACUCCAGUCCCAGGAGGGCUAAGGAAGGCAUUCCCUCCAUUCCCUGCCAGGCAAGGCUCUUCCUCGGGACCACUGAGACUGCAAUGCCACCCAGGGGCGCCCUUGCGCUCUGCACCACCGUGGGGCGGGCAGUGCUCCACGCUGCCCCUGGUGGUGGUCGAGGGGAGUGCCCAGCAGCUUGCUUAGAGGGCCUUGUGGAGGCCACACCCUCAGUAGCUCUCCCGGAGUGUCUCCUGUUGCCUGCAAUGUUACUGGCUGGUCAUCUUUGUUCUUGUCUCACUGUCCCCCAUACUCCCACUAACCAUCGGAAGCAGGUGUCCUCCCUCUCCUGAGCUGAGCUCCCUCUCCGUAGGUCUCUCAUUCAUUCAUAGAAGAGAGACUUAGGGAACAUGAGCCAGGUUUAUAAAAGAAGACAGGGAAAGGCUGUGGUGGCACCCCUGGGGAACCCUAUGUACCUUUUUAUCAUCAGAAGAGUCCUGGGCAGAGAAGAAAGCAGAACUACUGUGGGAAGCCACGACUGUGUGUUCAUUUGUUCUCCGAUUUACCAACACUUACUCAGGGUCCCCUGACCCAGGCAGAUGUGGGAAAUGGGGAUUCACAAGAACAGGUGGUGACCUUCCUGGCUGUCCCACACAUGCCUCCCCCACACUGUCCUGGAGCAACUCUCCGAGUUCCCAGUUCCUCUUGGAUACUUGCUUUUGAAUCUGAUGGUUAAGAGCAAGGAUCCUCAAACUGCGGCCCACGGGCCACAUGAGGCGGUGUGAUUGUAUUUGUUCCCGUUUUGUUUUUUUACUUGAAAAUAAGAUAUGUGCAGUGUGCAUAGGAAUUUGUUCAUAGUUGUUUUUUUUAAAAUUAUAGUCCAGCCCUCCAACAGUCUGAGGAACAGUGAAUUGGCCCCCUGUUUAAAAGGUUUGAGGACACCUGGUUUAGAAGAAAGGCCUAAAUGCCCUCAAAGCCCAAAGAAAAGUUUAUAAUAGCAGGAGACAAUAGGGACAUGAUCACAGUAUCCUAGCACACUGGGUGGCCACUUGUUCUGUGUAUAAAACCAGAACAGUUCGGGAAAGAGAAGCCAGGUAAGGGAGUACUGGAGCUUGGGGCCCAGGGCAAGUUGUCCCCUCUGGCCUAUUUCUAGGUCAGGGGAUGCUCUUUCCCCCUCAGACAUUAAAACAGGGGCUCUUUGAGUGGCUGCGUCCUGUGCAUAGGAGCACACAUCAUUGGGGACAGUGCAGCAGGGUCAGCUGAAGAGUCUUUAUGGACCAAAGGGCUGUGUUACACUCCCAGUGGCAGCCACCUCUGUCCUGGUCCACCUUGCAAAAGGCCUCCCUCCCCCUUCCACAGGGAGCUGAGAACUUCUUAGUGUCCAAUGGCUCCCCAGGAGCCACAGCCUCACACACAUCUCACUUAGCUGCCCUGUACCUGUCCCCACCACCUGCAAAGCUGGCACCCUUUUAUCUUGGUGGCCCCCUUAUGUGUGUUUACUCUUAUCUCCUCCAUAGGGACUAGGCCCUCCACUGCUUCCACUCUGUGCCCAGGAGCAGUCUGGCAUUUGACAAGAGGAGCAUGGGGUACCUUGGUAGGGGAACCAGCUCUUUCUGUGUAGGAGGGAGAGAGGUGCCCAGGGCCUGCUAUUUGAAGGGUAGGAAGCCUACUGCCUGCCCUGAUUCAGCUGCUGUGUGGCCUCAGGCCAGUCCUCUCCCCUCUCUGGUUUCCACCUUCUCUCCUUUGAUGGAGGUGUCAGGGUUGAUCCUCAGGGCCUUGAAUGUUAGGGUGUUAGGACUUUGGCAGGGGGUAGGGGUGAGAAGCCCACCAUUCUGAGGGUGUUGGGCAAGAACCUCAGGUGAAUAUUGGGACAAAAGGAGGCAGUUGGGCAGAGGACAGAUACGGGUGCUCCCAGCUUCCUGAUCCAAGGGUAGGCCUUAAGGGCAAGGUGGGGCUGGGGGAAGAAGUCACAGAGAAGAUCUAAGUGCCCAUGGAGCCCUCAUAGCGGCACCAUCUGCCUGGCCUCUGUGCUGUUCAUCCCUCUCUCCCUCCCUGGGCAGUGUGUUCAGGUAUUCCGGCUGGUGGGGUCAGGGGCCUGGGCUGGUUGCCAUCCUAUCCUGUACCAUCCUGGGAGAUGGGGUGCCAGGUGCAGCCUGGGUGGCAGGUGGAACACAGGCACAGAUAAGGGUGAAAGGCGUGUUCUCCACAGUCUUGCAGCCACCAGGGCCUCCAGCAGGCCCACCAGUAGGGCAAGGCCUAGGGCACGCGGUAUCAAGAAAUGAUGGCAUUUUGGGGGCCCCUGUGGCCCUGUCCCUUCACUAUACAAUGGGGAAACUGGCCCAGAGGUCUGGGGAGGGCAAAGGACUCCCCCAGGACCACUUGGUGAGCCAGCAAGGAUGUCUAUGACCUGAUUGGGGCUUCCCCUGCAAUUCCUGUCUGCUAGCUGUCCCCUACGUGGACAGACUGCAGUCAGGCAACACUGGGCUUGGGCAACAGGAGAGGGGGUAAAGAUCUACUCUGGAGCCCUCCCCAGCCCUGCUAGGAUAAUGGCGGGUCUGGGGGAGCCCCUGAGGCAUAAGCUAUCCCAUCUCUCUCAGCCCAUCCUUAGCACACCUUCCCUGGCUCUGCCUGCCAGGGAAGCCAGCUCAGACUGAUCAGAACAGCAGGCAGACCAGUGGGUCAAACUGUAUAGUGCUUUUGGCAUGCUCCUUCAGGUUCGUCCAGGGAUCUGGGCAGACCUAGAACCCAGUCUCCAUGCUGUUGCCUGUGAGCUGAUGACCUGGGCUGGGACAAUGUGGGUUCUGAAUGAAUCACUGCAUGGGCACAGGAGCCACAGAUGGAAACGUCAGUGUCCAGGAUCUUCCUCAGCCUCUUAGAGCGAGGAAUGGUCUGCCCCAGCACUCUGAGGAAAGUGGGGCCAGGGACAAGGGCAGGCUGCACUGUGGUGAUGGGGAGACACAUGGAGAGCGAGGGUGUUAGGAAGGUGGCCUCUGCAAUUCUCCCCAUGCCCCCCUCCAGAAGGCUCCAGUGGUGUUUUGGGAUUGGGUGAGAGUCAGCUGCUAAGGGUCCCCAGGAGGAGGAAGGCAGGCCAAUGUUUAGGACCAUUUGCCCCAAGUUCCCAGCCCAGAGGCUGCAGGGAGACAGCACAGGAGGACCACAGUGAGGGA